AUGGAAGACUUGAAUCUCUACAUUCUGACAGCGAACUGUGCGAGGGAUCGUAUCGAUGUGGAUCUAUUCGCAAAUCACUUUUUCGAUCCCCUCACGAAGGGGGGGUCAUAUCUGAUUCCCUACUUCGAUGCCUUUGUUCAGGCCGUCAAACAAGCUACUGCGAAGCAAUUUAAUGAGUCCUACGAAAGUGUGGUGAAGGACCAUACGGGUAUGACCGGUUUGAUGGUUUUCGCCCGCGCCGAUGUCACAGACAGGAUAUCCAGUAUUGACACUGCGCACGUUGGGUUCGGAUUUCAAGAGAUGGGCAAUAAGGGCGCCGUUGGGGCUCGUCUAGGGUAUGUGGUGGACGACCAUUCGGCCAAAACGGUGGACUUGACCUUUGUGGCGGCGCAUCUGGCUCCCAUGGAGGAUGCACUGGAGCAGAGAAAUAUGGACUGGCAGAGUAUCGUCGAACGCCUUGUCUUCUCACAGCAGCCCUCUUCGAGCAGUGAGAUCAAACAUGGUGGGCCCGAUGAGGGAACAGAUGAGAACGCCGCGCUACUCGGGGAGCACCGAUCACCAGAUCAAUCGGAGAGCAACCGCAGGGAUCUGUAUGCGCCAAAUUCCUACCUUUUUCUGGCAGGAGACCUGAACUACCGCACGUCAGAUGUCGGACCGUCCAAGACUGAUGUACUCCGGUUUCCUCGCCGGCUGGUCAAUCGCGAGGAUACCACGCACUAUUCCCACCUCCUCAAGGAGGACCAACUGAUGCGGGAGAUGCGCCAGGGCAAGAGUUUCCAUGGGCUCUCAGAAGCGCCCAUUGACUUCCCCCCAACAUACAAAUACUCCGAUGCGGCCCGCCAAGCGGCUCGGCUUGGAGUCGACAGUGGAGAUGCCGAAUGGGAGUGGUCGAGCCACCGUUGGCCCAGUUGGUGCGACCGUAUUCUCUUUCUGGACACGCCGUCUUGGGCUGGCCAAGAUUCCUGUGAUCGACGGGUCAAACCUCACACGUACGACGCGCUCCCUCUGUUUCCCCAGUCAGACCAUCGCCCUGUCGCGCUGGCCGUGUCUGUGCCUCUCCCUCCAUCUUUGCGGCACACACCCUCGUCCGAAUCAAAUCACAUGAGCCCCUCCCCCCGAAGGGUGGCUCCAUUCUCAAUCGACCCUCACUGGAGGUCUCGGCGGGAUACUGCCCGGCGGAAGGAGGUGGCGGUGGGAUUGCUGGCCUACCUGGGCUUGACCUGGGAAGGGAACGGACUGCUUCUUGCAUCGACAAUCGGAAUCAUCGGUGCAUGGGUAGUGCUUCGUUCGUUGUGGGAUGUGUGA